AUGGCGUCUUUAGCCCGGACCUCCUCCCUGAACUUCCGGCCACUCUCCGCCGCCAGACUCCGCAUUCCUACUCCGAAAUCUAUCCCCUUUGUUAAAUCUGUCGUUAGAAAUAGCAGUAAUGACUCUACGAACCCGCUUAACUAUCCACAACGAAGAGAUCAUAUUCAACCCAUUAUUAAAAAACCCACAUUUUUACUUCCUUCAUCGAAAAGGGAGCCGAUCAUGACCGCCUCUGCCUCCGCGGCUUCCCCACCGCCUCCGCCGCAGCAACCGUGGCAGGGAGCUGCUAUACAGCCACUUUUAGUGUCAAUGGCGACAGGAGUUAUUCUGUGGCUUGUUCCGGCGCCUUCUGGGGUUUCACGCAAUGCGUGGCAAUUGUUGUCAAUUUUCUUGGCCACCAUAGUGGGGAUUAUUACUCAGCCUUUACCUUUGGGGGCCGUGGCAUUGAUGGGUCUCGGCGCUUGUGUUUUGACUAAAACACUUACAUUUGCCGCUGCCUUUUCAGCAUUUGGGGAUCCCAUUCCAUGGUUAAUUGCCUUGGCCUUCUUUUUUGCUCGUGGGUUUAUUAAGACUGGAUUAGGGAACAGAAUUGCGUAUCAGUUUGUUUCUUUGUUUGGGAGCUCGUCUUUAGGACUAGGCUACAGUUUAGUUUUCAGUGAAGCCCUAUUGGCUCCUGCUAUUCCCUCUGUUUCCGCCAGGGCUGGCGGCAUUUUCUUGCCGUUAGUGAAGUCAUUGUGUGUUGCUUGUGGUAGUAAUGUAGGUGAUGGAACUGAGAAUAAAUUGGGGUCGUGGCUAAUGUUGACAUGCUUCCAAACCUCAGUGAUUUCAUCAUCUAUGUUUCUAACAGCCAUGGCUGCGAAUCCAUUGGCUGCGAACUUGACUUUAAACACGAUAAAUCAGACUAUAGGGUGGAUGGAUUGGGCUAAGGCUGCAAUUGUGCCAGGAUUGGUAUCAUUGAUUGUGGUUCCAUUGUUGUUAUAUGUAAUUUAUCCACCCCAGGUGAAGAGUAGCCCUGAUGCGCCUAAGCUUGCUAGGGAGAAAUUGGAGAAGAUGGGACCUAUGUCGAAGAAUGAGAUAAUCAUGGCCGGAACCCUGCUUCUCACGGUGGGGCUCUGGAUUUUCGGAGGAGUCCUGAACGUGGAUGCUGUUACCGCUGCAAUUCUCGGAUUGUCUGUCCUCCUUAUCACUGGGGUUGUAACGUGGAAGGAGUGCUUGGCUGAGGCAGUUGCUUGGGACACCCUUACAUGGUUUGCGGCACUCAUUGCAAUGGCUGGAUAUCUGAACAAAUUUGGUCUCAUCUCCUGGUUUAGCCAAACCGUGGUCAAGUUUGUCGGUGGAUUGGGUCUUUCAUGGCAGCUAUCUUUCGGCAUUCUUGUUCUUCUUUACUUCUAUUCUCACUAUUUCUUUGCUAGUGGGGCUGCUCACAUCGGUGCCAUGUUUACAGCAUUCUUAUCCGUAGCUAGUGCUCUGGGUACUCCACCAUACCUCGGAGCACUUGUUCUCUCGUUCCUUUCUAAUCUUAUGGGUGGCAUCACCCAUUAUGGUAUUGGAUCAGCACCCGUGUUCUAUGGUGCUGGCUAUGUGCCGCUAGCGAAAUGGUGGGGCUACGGAUUCCUGAUCUCAGUUGUCAAUCUUAUUAUCUGGCUUGGAGUUGGAGGGGCCUGGUGGAAGUUUAUUGGCUUGUGGUAG